UGCGCAUGCUCAGUACCCCCUAAGUAGCACAUUACUCGGGAGAGCGCUCAGUCCGUGUCAGCUCCCGCCGCAGCCAUGGCCCUGCUGCAGCCAGCCCGGCGCCUGCUCUCCGCCGCGGCCCAGCGCCACCUCUGCCUGGCCCCCGUCGCGGCCAGAGCCAGCUCCUGGUGGUCUCAUGUGGAGAUGGGACCCCCUGAUCCUAUUUUGGGGGUGACUGAAGCCUUUAAACGAGACACCAACGCUAAGAAGAUGAACCUGGGUGUUGGGGCAUACCGGGACGAUAACGGGAAGCCAUUUGUCCUGAACAGCGUCCGCAAAGCGGAGGCCCAGAUAGCUGCUAAGAAGAUGGACAAGGAGUACUUACCCAUUGCAGGGCUGGCGGAGUUCAAUAAAGCAUCAGCUGAGCUGGCACUGGGUGACACCAAUGAGGUUAUCAAGAGUGGCCGGUAUGUCACCGUGCAGACGAUUUCUGGGACUGGGUCUCUAAGAGUUGGAGCCAGUUUCUUGCAACGAUUCUUCAAGUACAGCCGUGACGUGUACCUGCCCAAACCAUCCUGGGGCAACCACACCCCCAUUUUCAGGGAUGCUGGCAUGCAGCUGCAGGCCUAUCGCUACUAUGAUCCCAAGACCUGCGGCUUUGACUUCGCUGGAGCCUUGGAUGACAUUUCUAAAAUUCCCGAGCAGAGUGUCAUUCUCUUCCACGCCUGCGCUCACAACCCCACUGGUGUGGACCCCCGACCAGAGCAAUGGAAGGAGCUGGCUGCUGUGGUGAAGAAAAGGAAUCUCUUUGCAUUCUUUGACAUGGCGUACCAGGGCUUUGCCAGCGGGGACAUAAACCGGGACUCCUGGGCUGUGCGUCAUUUUAUUGAGCAAGGCAUUAAUGUUGUUCUGUCUCAGUCCUAUGCCAAGAACAUGGGCCUUUACGGGGAGCGCGUGGGUGCCUUCUCAGUGAUCUGCAAGGAUGUGGAUGAGGCCAAGAGGGUGGAAUCCCAGCUGAAGAUCCUGAUCCGCCCCAUGUAUUCAAACCCACCCAUCAAUGGAGCUCGUAUUGCCUCCACCAUCCUGACGAGUCCUGACCUGCGGAAGGAAUGGCUGGAAGAGGUGAAGGGGAUGGCUGACCGGAUCAUUGACAUGCGCAACCAGCUGGUGGCCAACCUCAAGAAAGAAGGCUCCUCCCACAACUGGCAACACAUCACCGACCAGAUCGGCAUGUUCUGUUACACAGGGCUGAAACCUGAGCAGGUGGAGCAACUAACCAAAGAGUUCUCCAUAUACAUGACAAAAGAUGGCCGGAUCUCCGUGGCAGGGGUCACAUCUGGCAACGUGGGUUACCUAGCUCAUGCAAUACACCAAGUCAGCAAGUAAACACGGUGGAGCAGACGGCCUUCCCUUCAACGGUCUUUGGACUUUCUGAAUCAAGAGGAAGGGGAAGUGCAUUUGGGGGGUUGGGGCAAGCAGAAUAUUUACUUUCAACCACAGCACUUGACUCUGUCAUUUAAUGUAUUUCGUGUGCAAGGCCGCAGCUAGCGGCAUCAACACAUGGUAGCCAAAGCCACCUGCCCUCUCCGACAGGGAUGUCACUGCUUCCUGCUCCUCUCUUCAGAAGCAGCGUCUCGCGUUAUGCACCCUCUCCCCGACACAGGCACCCGUCAGGCUUUAAACGUCUUGGCAGAACUACUGCAUGUAGAAUGAUAGAACGUUGACCAAGAGCACUGGGCGCUGAGUGGCGUCUCUGUGCCCAUCCCUUACGUGGGAGGGGAGACGGCUUCGUAACAUAGUUCAGUUACUGUUUUUAAAUGAGCUGGAACAGGAUCAAGACCCCGUCCUCCCACUCUGAAAGGAGAUCAAGUAACGCAUCAUUGCAUUCAUGUCAACAGGGAAACCUGCCCUUAUACACUGGUGGGGGUAGAGCAACAGCUGGAGUUGGGGGAGCCAGUACAGCUCUACUGUCUAGUUGUACAGCAUGUCCGCUUGCUUUACUCGCGUCAUUCGAGGAGGGCCACUGAAGCUGAAAACGCUGUACGUAAAUGAAGGUUUUGGGAGUCUGCUCCUCAUGGGUGGUGGGUGGAGUCCCAGUUCAGGGAGGCUAGUCCCUGGCUCCACCCCUUCCGCUCCCCCCCUUCCGCUCCCCCCUCCAUGGCCAGAGCCCUGAGCCCCCCACCCGACCUGCUUGGAGGAGCCCCGGGCUGACGGCUAUAGUGCAGUUUGUGCCCCUACACCUGAGCCAUCGUAGCUGCACCUCCCCUCCGCAGAGUCCAAGCCACCCCGCAGGAAAAUUCAAAAGCUCUUCUCUUCUCUUCUCUUCUGGAAGGAGAACCUGAGCUUUUGAUAUGCGCCAUGCAGGCUGUGGGGCCACUGAGGAGGCAGUAUGUGUUAUUCAGCUUCCCAGGUUCAUCAGGACUCUCCUUGGAGUCCAGGGAGAUUAGUAAGGAACCCAGGAAGCUGAGUAGCACAUACCAUCUCCUCUGCCACUCUGGAACCUGCAUGGCGCAUAAUAAUAAUCACAAAUUUCCACCACGAAACCUGCAACCAGGGUCCGAGGGCAGCAGCUGUACUAGGGGAGGUUGAGCUCCCCUGGCCUAUUAUACCUACUGCCCAUGCUUCUCCUCCAGCCUGGCAGGUGUAGGGGGAGUGAACAUGGCGUACAGGUCUUGCUUGAAAAACAGCUUUUGAUCAAAUGACCUAGAAAACCAGCUUGAGAUCCCAGAUAACCCUCUGCUGUGUGGACUUGCAUCACCAAUGUAUUCUACGAUUGCUUCUUCCUUACCUCUCAGAAUGCUACAGAUGAUGGCCUCUACCACCUUUACAGCAGUAGAAGCACGCAAGGAGAGAGCACUUUUCAGAGAGCACAUGCAUGAGGGAUAUUUAUUACACAGUUGCAAUCAAAGCCUCUGAAUGCUGCUUUUGGGGUUGAUUUUGUCUUUAACAGUUGUAGAAAGGACACAGAGGGUCUGAAUUUGCUUCUGAACAAGUAAAACUGAAAAGCUUUAGGGAACUCCUGA